UUUAUUAACUUCUUGAUUGAAGAGCACACAAAUGUAAUGUUUUCAUUCCCAUAGCCUUAUAUGGGAAAAGAAAAUAGUUUUUCCUUUUGUUAAAAAUGAUAGAAUAUAAAUUUAGUUGACUUUCAGCAUGUCUUUUAAUUUCAAAAGUGGCUUUAGUCAUCUGUCAUUCUAAACCAAGCAGAUAAGCAGAUUAACAUUAUACUGCCAUGGAGGAGGAGGACAUUGUGGACGACCAGCAGUUUGAAGCAUUGCUGACAUUUACUUCUGAAGUUCAAGAAGCCAUAGAACAGGUACUACCCAGUAAUGAUCCUCUUGACAGACCAGACUUUAACCCCGUGGAUUACAUCAACACACUGUUUCCAACAGAACAGUCUCUGGCAAAUAUUGAUGAUGUUGUAGGCAAAAUCAGGCAAAAGAUAUGGCGCCUAGAUGAUGAGAUCCGGGCUGUAGUGAGAGGUCAGACCAAUGUUGGGGAGGAGGGUAGGGAGGCAUUGGUGGAGGCACAGAGAGCCAUUCAGGAUCUCUUUACAAAGAUCAGAGACAUCAAAGACAAGGCGGAAAAGUCAGAGGAAAUGGUAAAAGAGAUCACUCGAGACAUCAAACAACUUGAUCAUGCCAAGCGGCACUUGACAGCGUCAAUCACAACCCUGAACCAUCUUCAUAUGCUUGUAGGUGGUGUUGACUCUCUUACGUCAUUGACAAGGCGACGACAGUAUGGAGAGGUGUGCAACUUGCUGCAAGGUGUGCUGAAUGUGCUGGAACACUUUGAUAAAUACCUGUCCAUACCUCAGAUUCGACAGCUUGCUGACAGGGUGAAGCAGAUUCAGUCAGAACUUGGCUCACAGAUCAUUGCAGAUUUUGAAGAAGCUUUCCAGGGAGCUGGUGCAAAGUAUGGCCCCAGCAAUCAGAAACAGUUACACGAUGCUUGCUAUGUAGUUAGCAUUCUUGACCCCAAAGUGAAACGAGAUCUUCUGACCUGGUUUGUCAAGCUACAGUUAUCUGAGUACCUUGUGCUGUUUGCUGAAGAUCAGGAUGUUGCUUGGCUUGAUAAAAUUGAUCGUCGCUAUGCUUGGAUCAAACGAACAUUGGUGGAUUUUGAAGAGAAGUUUGGACAUCUGUUUCCUCCAUCUUGGGAGGUCAGUGAGAGAAUAUGUGUGGAGUUCUGUGAAAUUACACGACGAGAACUGGCCAAGAUUAUGAGCAAGCGAUCAGUUGAAAUAGAUGUCAAGCUUCUGCUGUUUGCCAUUCAGAGGACAACCAACUUUGAGGCCCUCAUUUCUAAGCGCUUUACUGGCAUUACAAUGCAAGAAGGACUGGCCAAGUCUGUAACUGUGACACCAACACCACCUCCACCACCUGUGCCACCUUCCACUAACCCCUUUGAACAAGAGAACAGCAAAAAUCCAUUUGAAAACCAAGGCAUUGUUGAGACUGCCUCAGUAGCUGUUGAAGAGAUGAAAACAUCUAGAAGCCAGACAACACCAUUUACAGGCAUAAUUUCCAAGUGCUUUGAACCAUUCCUCAACAUUUAUAUUGAAUCCCAAGACAGAAACCUGUCUGAACUGAUUCUGCGAUUCCUGGAAGACUUACGGCAGCAUGGACCUUUGCGUGUGGAUGGAGAGGAGGGGUCUAAUGUGUUGCCCUCCUGUGCUGACCUCUUUGUCUUUUACAAGCAGUGUAUGGUGCAAUGCUCUCAGCUCAGCACUGGCCGCCCAUUGCUGGACUUAACUAGAACAUUCCAGAAAUACCUCAAGGAAUAUGCUAAUCGUGUACUCUUAGCCAAUCUUCCCAAGCUAAGCAGAGAGAGUGGAGGACUGACCAGUGCUUCAGGCUUGAUACAGAGCAUACUGAAGGAAGGGGAGGCAAGCAAGCUGAGUGAAGAAGAACAAUGGCGUGUGUGCAGUCUGCUGGCGACGGCCGAGUACUGCAUGGACACCACCAGUCAGCUUGAGGAGAAGCUGCGAGAAAAAGUCGACUCUUCUUUGCGGUCUUCUAUUGAUCUCACAGCAGAACAAGAUAUGUUCCACAAUGUCAUAUCCAACUGCAUCCAGCUGCUUGUUCAAGAUUUGGAGACUGCCUGUGAGCCUGCCUUGAUAGCCAUGACCAAGAUGCCUUGGGCAACCAUUGAAGCUGUAGGUGAUCAGAGUGGUUAUGUAACAGCAAUCACUGGUCACUUGAAACAAAACAUUCCUGUCAUCCGCGACAAUCUGUUGUCCUCUCGCAAAUAUUUCACACAGUUCUGUGUAAAAUUUGCCAACUCCUUCAUUCCAAAGUUUAUCCACACUUUGUUCAAAUGCAAACCAGGGAGUACAGUUGCUGCUGAACAGUUGCUGCUGGAUACACAUAGUCUGAAGACAGUUCUCCUUGAACUUCCAUCCCUAGGUUCGCAAGUAGUUCGUAAAGCCCCUGCCAGUUUCACCAAAAUUGUUGUGAAAGGGAUGACCAAAGCUGAAAUGAUUCUGAAGGUGGUGAUGUCUCCACAUGAUCCUCCACAGGCUUUUGUAGACAAUUUUAUCCGUUUGUUGACAGAUGCAGAUGUCACAGAAUUCCAGAGAGUUCUAGAAAUGAAGGGCCUGCGCAGAGCUGAACAAAGUGCAUUGGUGGAGAUGUUCCGAGCUCGAAUUCCUGUUUCUGCUGUAAUUGGUGGCAACACUGGAGGGACAACUUCCUCUGCGACAUCUGCUUUAAACCAAGUAACUUCCCCUGAACCAGAAUCAAGCCGCAUUCGAAAACUGGAAAAGUUGAUUAAAAAACGCCUGUAGGUCAAAUGACUGUAGCAAGGUUAUUUCAACACACAAGUUCAGUACUGCACCUAAACAUUGUUAUAGAACCUAGGUCAAGUCUGCUAUACUAAACAACAGUUUUGAGUGUUGCAAUUAGGUUUGCAAUCUGUAAGUAGUUGUCACAUCACAGAACUGAUGUGAAUAAAUGUCAUGCAUUUAGGUAAUAGCUAUCAGAAAUAGAUGUGGACAACUUAUCAUUUUGGAAGUGUGUAAAUGCUCCAUUGGACAGCCAUUGUAUAAUCAUGGUACAGGUUGGUAGCUUUAAAGGUUGUUCGAUUCACAUCUAAAUUAUUCUUGUGUUAAUGAUAAUGACUAUUAUAGAGCAUCAGCAUACUUAUGUAAAUCUUGUAGCUAUAUGACUCGCAUAUUGUUACUCAAUGUAGACUAUAAAACUAAAAAAAAAAACUUGCAAUAGCAUGUUUUAUCCAUUUCUGUAUUGUUUAAUUUAUUUCAUUUGGCAAAGGUUGGCUGAACAGAUAUUCUUAAUAAAGUUAAUUCGACAUUGG